AUGGCCACAGUUGCCAUUCCGCCUUCCUCGGCUCGGAAGGACACGAUCUUGUCACGACGUUACAUUGAAGGCCAGAUUGCAGAAGGCAAGCAUGUUAUCAUCUUCGAUGGGCGUGUGCUCAAGGUAGAUGCUUGGAUUAAUUUCCAUCCGGGAGGUGAUAAGUCGAUUAAGCAUAUGGUGGGGAGGGAUGCAACGGAUGAAAUCAAUGCCUUGCAUUCAAAAGAAGCGCGCCAGCGGAUGCUGUCCUACCAAGUUGGUCGCAUCCAGGGACCGUGGUUAAACUUCCUUCCCCCGAUUCAUGGCGGGAAGUUCCGUCCAUAUACCGAGGAACCUUGUUUGACAGAUGAAGAGAGCUCCGGCCUCGAAACGUCAGCACCUCCAUCCCCGAUAUUCGAUGCAGUCGAUGGAAAAACCGGUGCCUGCCGUCGCAAGACGUCGGCCGCAACGGACACUUCGGUCUCGACUCCUGUGAAUGAAAAAGCUGAAUCCAAGCCGUUCUUCCUCGACGCACGAACCCAGGAGGAGAUUGAUUUCGAUACCGCCAAAUACCCAUCGCUUGACAUGAAAAACCAGGAGUUUAUUAAACGUAAAUACCGUGAGUUGGAUCAAAAGAUACGUGCGGAAGGCUUGUAUCAAUGCAACUACUUUUCAUACUUCGUCGAGUGCUGCCGCUACGCGCUCUUUGUGACUCUGUCCUAUAUAUUACUGCAAUGGGGAUGGUACGCAAGCUCGGCAUUCUUUCUGGGCUGCUUUUGGCACCAACUCGUCUUUACUGCUCAUGAUGCUGGCCAUAUGGGCAUCACCCAUAAUUUCCAUGUGGACAGUGUGAUUGGGAUGGUUAUCGCCGACUACCUUGGGGGUCUAAGUCUGGGUUGGUGGAAGCGCAGUCACAAUGUGCAUCACAUUGUGACGAAUGAGCCUGAGCACGACCCUGAUAUCGAACAUAUGCCUUUCUUUGCCGUCUCGCAUCGCUUCUUCAACAGCCUUCGAAGCACUUACUAUGAUCGUGUGAUGAAAUUUGAUGCUGCGUCCCGGGUCUUGCUGCGAUACCAGAACUACUUGUACUACCCCAUUCUUAUGCUUGCACGGUUCAAUCUGUACCGUUUGAGCUGGGAGUAUUUACUGCUCGGCCAGGCCCCAAAGAAGGGCCCUGCUUGGUGGCACCGCUGGUUCGAGUUCGCUGGCCAGGUGUUCUUCUGGUAUUGGUUUGGCUAUGGUGUACUGUACUGCACCAUCCCUGACUGGAGCAGCCGUUUCACUUUUAUCAUGGUCUCUCAUAUUGUUACGUCUCCAUUGCACCUGCAGAUUACGCUCUCCCACUUCGCUAUGUCAACGGCGGAUAUGGGUGUCCGUGAAUCAUUCCCGCAAAAAAUGCUUCGCACCACCAUGGAUGUGGACUGCCCAACCUGGCUCGAUUUCGUCCAUGGUGGGUUGCAGUUCCAAGCAAUCCAUCACCUCUACCCACGUUUGCCCCGCCACAACCUGCGCCGUGCGCAGAAGCUGGUGCUGGAAUUCUGCAAGGACACGGGAAUACCGUACGCCAUCUUCACUUUCUAUGAUGGCAACAAGGAAGUUCUCGGCAAGCUUGGCGAUGUCGCGAAGCAGCUUCGUCUUCUCGAAGAAUGCCGGAAGUCGUGUGCUGAGCAGGGCGUCCUUUUGGACCAACAUUAG